UGGUCCAACCGCUCACUCUGGAUCGAGAUGUUGCCAGGGCUAUCGAGCUGCUGGAGAAGCUGCAGGAGUCGGGUGAUGUUCCCGGUCACAAGCUCCAAUCCCUGAAGAAGGUCCUUCAGAGUGAGUUCUGUACAGCCAUCAGAGAGGUGUACCAAUACAUGCAUGAAACCAUUACAGUGAAUGGCUGUCCAGAGUACCAGGCGAGGGCCACAGCUAAGGCCACAGUCGCAGCCUUUGCAGCCAGUGAGGGUCACUCUCACCCACGGGUGGUGGAGCUACCCAAGACAGAGGAAGGACUCGGAUUCAAUGUGAUGGGUGGCAAAGAGCAGAAUUCUCCCAUCUACAUCUCCCGCAUUAUUCCUGGGGGUGUGGCCGAGAGGCACGGCGGCCUGAAACGAGGGGACCAGCUCCUGUCUGUCAACGGCGUGAGUGUGGAAGGCGAGCACCACGAGAAAGCAGUGGAGCUGCUGAAGGCGGCUAAGGAUAGUGUGAAGCUGGUGGUUCGCUACACCCCCAAAGUGCUGGAGGAGAUGGAGGCUCGCUUUGAGAAGCUUCGUACAGCCCGGCGGCGCCAGCAGCAGCAGCUCCUCAUGCAGCAGCAGCAACAGCAGAACCUGGCCUCUCAGCAGAACCACAUGUCGUAGGUUGUUCCAAAAGAAGAAGAAGGAGUGAAGGAGAGCGGAAAGGUGGAUCUCAAAGACCAUCUGUUUGUGUUAAAGGAUCCCAGAGGAAUCUCUCUGUUGUGGAGGAAACCAACUAGUAGAAGACUCUUAAACUUAACUCUCUCCCUGUCAGUGUAACACCGAUUAACUGAGCAAAAACGAAGAGAGGGUCCGUCCUAAAACUGGUGCUUUGAAAAACAAGUAUGAGGGAGGUUAGCACUGAAAGUCAUUCAUUUUAUCUUUAUAUUCCCCUUUUAUACGUUGUUCUCCCCUUGGAUAGUUCAAGAUUGUGACUCUUACUGAAGCUCCCUUUCUUGUUUGUCGUUUUGUUACAGUCUUACAGUCAGUUUUUGAUUGCUUACCGACACCCAUUACGCUGUGGCACCUUUGCCAUUUCGCCAUAGAUAUCAUUUGUACAGUGGUGUUUUUAUUAAUUCUUCAACUGGUGCUUGUGUCUUUGUAUGAAUGACCAUUGUUUU